AUGUUUGAUGUCGUGGCUACGUUAAGAUCAUCUCCUGACUCUAAGGCUAAGACCCCAGUCCAGCGCUGCAAUAUGCCUCGGAAGUUGAUAAUCUCCCUGUCUGGUCUGCUUAUCGUGCUUGGUUAUUUAUUUUGCUUCUACAUGUACUUCCGCGAACUCCUUGAGGUUGGUAGACCACCGGUUGAGCGAAGUCGUGCUACUCCUACAGACCUCAUUCAAUGGAAGAACUGGUCUUUUGGCCGGGUAGUAGCAGUUACGGUAUUGCUGCCGCCCAUAUUCAGCUAUCUAGCAUUUGAGACGAGAGGUGGUCGCUAUAGCGCCCUUACAGGCCACUGCCGAGACAUUACUCGUAGCCGCCCGCGAUGUUAUACCUUUGAGAAGUAUGGCGGCUGCUCCGGCUACGGUCAGCAAUGA